AUGGGGGCACUCUUCUUUAUUUUCCAGCCUAAAUACUAUAUAGAAAGGAUCGACAGGGCAUGUUCAUCGGCUUCUUCAACGCCGAAACCCCCAAUUUGCAUCGUCGGUGCUGGCGUAUCAGGCCUCACGGCAGCAAAAGCUCUAGAGGCAAAGGGUCACAAGACAGUUAUAUUUGACAAACGUGAUACUGUUGGCGGCAAAUGUCAGUCACACUAUGAAGACGGGCAAUUCUUCCCACUUGGCGCCGUUCUCUUUACAGAAUCCCCUAGCUAUGCAGAGACUUUCCAAGUCGUCAAAUCCUCUGGGGCCAGUUUUGACACAUUUGACCCCGCAUAUUCUUAUGACUAUAACCCAAACACUGGAGCCGCCGCUUUGAUGCAGCCGCUAGGUCCUGCCACUAUCCAAGCUUUACAGGAGGAGCUUGCACGUUAUACUAGUGUUUGGCAAACCAAAUUCGCUCCUUUUGGAGUUCCUGGCUAUAAGAAUAGUGUGCCUAAAGAGUUUACAGUCUCUGCUAAAGACUGGCUCCUGUCGAACAAAUUCCCUAUUAUAGCAUCCAUUAUUAACAGGGGCGCUGGGAACUAUGGAUAUGGCGACUACACUCAGAUUCCUGCUCUCUACUUCCUACAAUUCUUUACUCCAGACAUUAUUGGGAGCUUUAUUGGGACAGUUCAGCCUUAUUAUACCGACUUUCAUGAUAUUUUCAAACGUAUGGCCAAAACUAUCAAAGGGUCAAUUAAUCUUGGUGUUAAGAUCAAUUGCAUCAGUCGAGGUUCUCAGCCAAGUAUCACAUAUCGAAGCUCAAAAAGACAGUACACGAAAACACAGCACUACUCCGAUAUUAUUCUUGCAUUCCCUCCUACAUAUCAAGCUCUAAAAGAAUCAGGACUGGAUCUCUCAGCUGCAGAACGAAGUCUUUUUACGCAAGUUGGCGUCAACAGCUAUUUCUCAUCAGCAGUCCACAUGAACAAGCUCGGCCACAACCUGACCGUAUCCCAAGAACUGCCAGACCCUCUGACUCCUUUCAAAGCUAAAGGUCAACCUGUGUACAUCGUCCCGUUGCACCCAGAGUCAAACAUCAUCAGCAUUUACUCUGCAGAUAAUCCCGAGCAUCCUAGCGUGUCCAGAGUCAAGGGUCUUCUUGUUCGUGAUUUAAGCAAGAUCAACAAAGACCUGGCAAACCCUCAUGCUGUUAGCACAAAGAUUAACACCGUGGAUAUACGCGCUUUCAGUGGAGAGAUCGACUAUUUCCCUCACCUAGGGUCCGAGGCAUUAGUAGAUGGAUGGUAUGAGAAGUUCAAUGCUCUCCAAGGCAAGGAUCACACAUACUUCACUUCUGGACUGAAUAGCUUUGAACUGGUUGAGUACACUAUUCGGGCUGCUAGAGACUUAGUAGCGACGCACUUCUAA